AUGGGUAGAUAUUGGUUCAAAGAUGGCGCACCUCUGCGUGGAGGAAUCGCCAGCGUCUGUCUUGCUGCUUUCCUCUUCUUUGGAUACGACCAAGGUGUCUUAGGUGGAAUUCUACAGAUGGAAGACUUCAAAAAUCAGUUCAACCACCCGAAUGAUACUGAAACCGGCGCUAUCGUGUCUGCAUACUGUCUCGGUGCUUUGGGCGGAUGCAUUCUCAACUUUUACACUGGUGAUCGCCUUGGACGACGGAAGUCGAUGUGGCUUGCAAUGUCAUUCGUCUUCGUCGGCGCAACCCUCCAAGCAUCAGCGUUCACAGUAGCACAUCUCGUCGUCGGCCGAGUCAUCACAGGACUGGGCACUGGCAUUGAUAGCUCCACGGUUCCCACCUACCAAUCCGAACUCUGCCGGGCGGAAAAGCGAGGUCGCAAAGUAUCCUGGGAAGUCAUGUUCAUCGGCGUCGGUAUCGUGCUUUCGUACUGGAUGGACUUUGGCUUUUCGUAUCUCUCGGGGUCGAUUGCGUGGAGGUUCCCGAUCGCAUUCCAGCUCGUCUUUGCCAUCAUCGUCACUGCUCUCAUCUUCGGUCUUCCUGAAUCGCCACGAUGGCUCUUCAAGCGCGGCCGCCGCGCCGAAGCCAUCGAAGUCCUCUGCGCCGUCUUCGACCUCCCAGAGAGCGACCCCUACAUCCAAGGCGAGAUCCGCGCCAUCGAAAACGCCCUCGACACCGAAUCCAACGUCAAGAGCAACCGCGCUCUCUUCAAGAAAGACCGCCUCCAGACCCGCCGCCGCGUCAUGCUCGCCUACUUCGCCCUCCUCAUGAACCAACUGGUCGGCCCCAACCUAAUCGUCUACUACAUCCCAACAAUCCUGACCCAAAACGUCGGCCUCGACGCCCGCACCGCGCAGAUCGUCGGCGGCUGCGUACAAAUCAUGUUCGUGAUCGGGUGCUUCGCACCCGCCCUCGCCCUCGACCGCAUGGGCCGCCGUCCCACCAUGCUCUGGGGCUGCCUCGGCCUCGGAAUCUGCAUGGUGUGCGCCGCUGGGCUCCUCCAGCCCGGCCACACUACCACUUCCUCCGCCGCAAUCGCAUUCUUCUUCCUCUGGAUGCUUAUUUUCGGCGGGACGAUCAACGUCGUCCCCUGGGUCUACGGCCCAGAAAUCCUGCCCCUGGAAGCUCGCGCCAGGGGGGUAUCCAUCUCCGUCGCCGCGCACUGGAUGUGGAAUUUCUUCGUCGUAAUGAUCUCCCCGAUCCUCGUCAACCGCCUGCGCUGGGGCACGUAUCUGCUCUUCGGGGGUCUGUCGUUCGUGUUUGUGGGGGUCGUGUGGAAGUGGUAUCCUGAGACGAGUAAUUAUACGUUGGAGGAGAUUGAUUCGAUUUUCUUGAAGGAUGAAGGGGUUGAGGGCGCGAGGCGGAGGAGGAUGAGUGCGACUUCUGCGGCACAUGCACACGGUUACGAGGGUGGUGAGAAGGACGGAGCGGCGUUCUCGUCGACGGAUGAGGAGGGCAAGGGGGAGAAAGUUCACGUCGAGAGGCGGAGUUCGUAGAACAUCGAGGUCUUAUGUACAUAUCUGCGGAACUUGGGAGAGAAUGGAAAAGAAAAGAAAGAAAUGCAGAGGAGGGGAUGAGGAUGAGCAGGGAGAAGUAGAUACGUAAUCUUACAGUGAAAUGACUAUUGUUAAAGACAA